AUGCCAUCCACAACCCCUGCCAUCCAGGCCAUGAACGCCAACCUGUUGAGGAAUCUGUGGUCUUAUCGCGAGGUGCAGGACGGAGGGGUGGAGGGAGGGGUUGAUGGAGAGGUUGAUCAAGGAGAAGAGACGGAGAGUGCGUAUGAGGAGGAUGAAGAUGUGGAGAUGGAAGAGGAAGAGGAGGUGCAGGAAGAAGUUAAUGCUUCACCGCCACCACCAGAAGUGGAAGUGGAAGUGGAAGUAGAGGUUGCAGCAAAGGAGAAGAAAUCACCUAAAAUACACAUCCCAGUGAGGAUUUGGAACGAGGUUGUUCCUGGAGGCAAGGUUAGAGGCAAGGUUAAUGUACCAAGCGUACAAGCCGCUCAAGAUCCCAAGGUGGAUAGUUCGAAGCGCAAACGCGUUUCUCUUGUCUUACAUCAUGACAUAGAGGCUAGUGGCGCCGAGGCGCAAGAGCAGGAAGCAGAAGCGCAAGUAGAAGAAAGAGGCCGCCGAAAGCGGACAAAGACGUUCAAAGCCUCUCAAAACGAAGAGAUUUCAAGGGCGAAGACGAGCGGAGCUUCAAGGUCACGUGGACAUGCGGCUUCGGCUUCGACGUCUAGACCCGCUUCUCGCACCGCUGCUGCUACCGCUACCGCUUCACGUUCACAUGGAAGCGAAAGCGUCCUACUGUCAGCGUCUGCCCUCGCACUAGAAACCGCUGCCCGCACGCUGAAAAAACGCGCCGUUGCCUCCUCCUACCUCUCCUCAUCCACGGAAGCAUCACCGCCAACCACGCCGCCCAUAUCAACCACACCACCACCCAAAGAAGGCCCCCGCGCAGCAUGGCACCGCCUGUUCCCGCACCUCCCCUCGCUCUCAGACUACUACCACAUCGGCGAGUGGCGCGAACUAAUGGUUUGGAAAGAAGCCAAAGGCUGGAUUAAACGGGCCGCAGAUGACCCUUGGGAGAAGCCGGUGUUCAGGAAACCGGGAUGGAAUAAGAGGGAUGAGGAACAUGAGAGGUUGUGGGAGGGAUGUGAGAGGAGGAUGGUGAGGGAGAGGGGGUGGACGUAUGAGGGGAGGGUGAAGGGGGAUGAGGGGAUGGUUAGGGCGGCGGAGAGGGGUUGGGGUGUAGGAGGGUGGGAGGGGUGA